AUGGCUUCGGACAAGAUAUUUCGUAUUGGUGUCGACGUCGAUCCUGGAGAGUCCGAUACCCCAAACAGGGGUAUCCGCAGUGCUUUCAAGUCCCCAACCACUCCAGAUGUCACCGAGGGUAUCACCAAGGCCGUCGAGGGGGCCUUGUCCCAAUGCGAUGUCCCCAUGGACAAGAUUGGUGGAGUCAUGAUUGGAACGACUCACUUCAUCAAUGCCGUCGUUCAGGCCGACGAGGUCAAUCUAAGGCGGCUUGCCGUCAUGCGUAUCUGCGGGCCCUAUAGCAGGGAAAACCCGGCCUUUGGCGACUUCCCUCCGAUCCUGUCUCGGCUCAUGAACGGUCACGUCUCAUAUCUCGAUGGAGGCCUGGAAUAUGAUACCAGGGAGAUCAUGCCCCUUAAUGAAGCUCAGAUCAGGGACGAGUGCAGGUUGAUCAAGGAGAAAGGGAUCGAUGACAUCGCCAUCGUCGGCAUCUUCUCGCCCUUGGAUACUGAGGGCUUGCAAGAAGCAAAGGUCUACAAGAUUGUCAAGGAAGAGAUACCCAAUGCCGACAUCGUCUGCUCUAGAGAUGUUGGUCAGCUUGGAUUCCUCGAGCGCGAGAAUGCGACGAUCCUCAACACGUCCAUCCUCAAGUUCGCCAGGACCACCAUUCAGGGUUUCAAGCUUGCUAUGCGCUCCCUGGGCAUCAGAUGUCCCCUCUUCCUGACGCAGAACGACGGCACCAUCAUCGACGCCGCCGUGGCCGAAAAGUGCCCCAUCAAGACCUUCUCCAGCGGCCCUACAAACUCCAUGUCCGGGGCUGCCUAUCUCGCUGGUCUGGAUACGGCCGGUGGGAAGAUGCCCGAUGCCCCGGUCAUCGUCGCCGACAUUGGCGGUACGACCAUGGAUGUCUGUGCUCUACUCCCGUCGGGGUUCCCCAGGCAAGCUGGGACCUGGGUAGACAUCGGAGGUGUCAGGAGCUCCUUUUCCAUGCCCGAGGUCGUCUCGGUUGCUCUGGGUGGCGGGACAAAGGUUGAGGAGAAGGGCGAUGCGGUACAUGUCGGUCCGGAAUCGGUAGGACACCGACUGACCACCGAGGCUCUGGUCUUUGGUGGAUCUACACUGACAACUACCGACAUCGUCGUGGCUGCCGGCAAGGAGAAGAUUGGCGAUGUCAGCAAGGUCAGGCAUGUGCCGGCCCAUGUCAUUGAGAAGGCCAGAGCGUCCAUGAAGAACAUCAUGGAGAAGGCCAUCGACAGCAUGAAGUUGAGCGCCGACCCUGCCGUGGUCAUCGUUGUAGGCGGUGGCAGCAUCGUCAACAUUGACCAGCUAGACGGCGUCUGCGAGCUCAUCCGCCCUCAGUUUCACGACUGCGCCAACGCUGUGGGCGCCGCCAUUGCCAAGGUCUCGGGAUCCAUCGACGUGGUCAAGGUUCUGGAGGGCCAGAACGAGGAGGAAGUCGUCAAUGCCAUGUGCGAGGAGGCCAAGAAGGCCGCCAUCGAGGCUGGUGCCGAUCCGGCCACCGUCAAGAUCAUCGAACUCGACAACAUGCCGCUGCAGUAUGUUCAGAUGCGUGCCAGCCGAAUCGUUGCCAGGGCGGUAGGUCUCAAUCUUCUCACGUCACCUGUCCCGGCUGGCGUUCUUCGCAAGGACAUCCCCAUCGGGGCUUCCGAAGCAGAGAUCGAGAAGGAAGCUGCUGCGGCCACAUGGACCAAGGCAGACAAGAAGACCCAGAACUCGGAAAAGGACCCCAAGGACUUCAUAGUGAGCGCCGCGGCUCUGAUCGAUGUCCGCGAGUACAGGCCAGAGGUCGACAAGGACGGGACCUGGUGGGUAUCCGAGGUCGACUGCGAGUUCCUCUCCAUGGGCUGCAGCAUCCUCGCAUGCGGCGGAGGAGGCCCCGGAUACCUGUGCUAUAUGGCAGCCCGUGCCGCGCUCAAGGCUGGCCAUCGCCUGCCCAUUGUUGACAUCGAUACCCUGCCGGAGGAUGACUACAUCAUGGGUAGCAUCGCGUACGGCGCGCCGACCGUUACACUGGAAAGGAUCGCCAGCGGGACGGAGUCGAUUGAUGCCACCGAGGCUGUGCUGGCCGCCCACCCCGGAAAGAAGAUGGUUGCCCAAGCAGCGAUCGAGAUCGGUGGCAUGAACGGGAUCCGCCCCCUGCUGACAGCGCUGCACUACAACGUCCCCACGAUCGACGGCGACUACAUGGGCCGGGCCUACCCCCGUCUCUACAUCCUCACCCCUUACCUGUACGACAUGGUCCCUUGGCCUUGCACGCAAGCCGAUGGCAUGGGCAAUACGGUGACGGUCAACAAGGCCAAGGACUUCCAGAAGAUGGAAAAGAUCCACCGAAAGGCCGGGCAGGAGCUGGGGCUCUUUAGCGAGAUGGUCAUCCCGCCCAUCUCGGUCAAGGAUACCAAGCGUGUCGGUACUCUCGGGACUACGUCUCUGGCCUGGUACAUUGGGAGAGCCGUGUACCUGGCUCGCCAGCAGAACACGAGCAUCGGCAAGGCUAUCAUCGAGGCAAACCCGUCCGGCCGCGUCCUCUACACGGGCAAGAUCGUCAGCGUGCAGCGCUACGUCUCGGCGGCUGGCUAUACGGAGGGCAAGGUCAGGCUCAGGCCUCUGGGCGAUGACGAGCGGGAGUACGGCGACACGGUCAGCUCCGAGACGCGCGACAUGGUGCUGCCCUUCCAGAACGAAUAUCUGUAUGCGGAACUGGUGGAGCCCAGCGAGGCCUCGAAGAUCGACAGACCUCGCGGCGAGAUUCUGUGCACCGUCCCAGACCUCAUCUCCCUCGUGGGUAGUGACGGGUACGCCUUGGGUACGCAGGAUCUUCGAUACGGCGUCAGGGUCAGCGUUGUGGCCUUUGUGGCACACCCACACUGGUAUACACCUCGCGGUAUCAAGCUGGGUGGGCCCGAGGAGUUUGGCUACAAGGAUCUAGAGUUCGUCCCUCUAGGAAACCCUUACUACGAGCCUAAGCGAGUGACCAAGGAGUUUAGACCGGAGUAG